CAGUCGAGUUAGGUUGAAAGAAAGAAGACGCUCAACGUGUCUGUAGUCACCAUCAAGCCCUCGCAUCAGCUAGCCAGCUGUGUUGCUGCCAGUCAGCUAGCUAGCUAAUGCAACUUCUGAAAUUAUCUGUGUUUUUAAUGAUAUAAUACUGUUACAUACAUUUGUCACUCCUCGGUAAUGGACAGCAUUAAAGAUGGAUGGUUCACUGAAACGUGCACGCUAUGGCCGGGGCAAGCGAUGAGUCUCGAAGUGGAAGAGGUGCUCUACCACAAAAAAUCUCAAUUUCAAGAUGUCAUGGUUUUCAAGAGUAAGACCUAUGGCAAUGUCCUCGUACUUGAUGGGAUUAUUCAAUGUACAGAGAGAGACGAGUUUGCCUACCAGGAAAUGAUUGCCAACCUACCACUCUGUAGCCACCCAUGUCCAAAGAAGGUACUGAUUAUCGGUGGAGGUGAUGGUGGAGUUCUGAGAGAAGUGGUUAAACACACCCAGGUGGAGUCAGUGAUUCAAUGUGAGAUAGAUGAGGAUGUCAUCAACGUUUCUAAGAAGUACCUUCCAGGCAUGGCGAAGGGUUUCUUCAGUCCUAAACUCACGCUGAACGUCGGUGACGGCUUUGAGUUCAUGAAGCAGAACCAGGAUGCUUUUGAUGUCAUUAUAACUGACUCUUCUGAUCCUGUUGGGCCUGCAGAAAGUUUGUUCAAAGAGUCGUACUAUCAACUGAUGAAGACAGCCUUGCGGGACGGUGGAAUUCUUUGCUGCCAAGGAGAGUGUCAAUGGCUCCAUUUGGAGCUGCUAAAAGAGAUGAGGACCUUCUGCAGGACCCUAUUCCCCAUGGUGGACUAUGCCUACUGCACCAUUCCCACCUACCCCAGCGGGCAGAUUGGCUUCAUGCUGUGCAGUAAAAACGCUGAAACUAAUUUCCGAGAACCUGCCAGAACACUGCCACAGGACGAGGUAGAGAGCAUGAGCCUUAGAUACUACAACCCAGAGAUCCACAAAGCAUCCUUCAUCCUCCCAGAGUUCGCUAGGAAGGUACUGAGUGACGCGUGAGUCGACUGCGGAAGAACUGCUGCUUCUUGACCCGGCCCUCCCUCUGGCAACAGAAGCAACCAACACCUCACUCCACAGUGGCCUCUCCUGAACACUGACGACACCUUCUGGCUCCGUGGUGAGGGAGGAGGAGGAGGAGGGGACCGUGUGAAGACUAGGGGGUGGUGGGCCCUGGGUGGGGAACACUGGGCCUCCUUAGACACAGUAUUAUUCCUUCCAGCGCUUCCCUCCAGUCUUAUUCACUUUGUGUAUUUAUUUGUUUUUUUGGGGGGGGUUGGGAGGGAUUAACUGUUGUUUUAUUACAUGUUUCCUCCACUUAUCUUGCAUCUUGUGGAUACCAGCAAGGUGUUGUGGGAGUGGAGGGCCAAUCAAAUAUUAUUACAUUGGGAUAUAGGUUUUACUAACACAUCAUUAUUAUUAGUAAUGAUAAUAUGUUUAUUAUUAAGGGUAGGACCUGCUCAUAAUGGUACAAGAUUACCUCAACCUAACAUGUAAGAAUCUUUGCUUUCUGAUUAGUUUUCUCUACUCUUCAUCCUGGCUCGAGGGGUGAGAUCUCAUCAUCCGUCUCACACCUGUACAUCAGAACGAAACAUUUGAAAACAAACCCGAUAGUGCCUCAGAAAAGGUUAUUUUGUCCUUUUCUGAAACAUGCGUGGAGGUGUAUUCUAGCCUGGCUGGCUGGCAGACUCAAAUGUUUUAAAAUUGAAAUGAUUAAGUAUUAAGUACAAUAACAUAAACCCAAAGAGCGCCUCCUUCUUCAACUUUUGGUUUGCUUCCUCUAUGUCAGAUUACUGACUUGGAAUGAUUGCGUUAUGUAGAUUAAUGAAUUAUUAGAUAUACUGCACAUUUAAACUGGUUGGACACGACACAUUUAUUUCACAAUCCGGUAAUAGUUUGGUAUUGAUCCUGUAAACAAUUGCUGUUACUUUUUAGAAACGGUUGUAGUAUGGGUGUUAUGACAAAGGAAUUGUCACCAAGUAAUUGCUAAUGAAUUAAUUAUGCAUUAAUACUUGUAAUAGUAGGGUUGGGAAAUAAAUGGGUAGGUUGGCACUUUUUUAUUAAUUUCUGAAAGGCCAACCUUGUAUUCGAAAACGGUACUCCAGUUGUUGAGGUAGCAUAGAGACCCCCUCCCCUUUCCCUGGUUUUAUUAUUUUUUAAACAAUGCCUUUAUUUUCAGGACAUUUGUUAAAAAUAUAGCUGUUGUAAACUACUGCCUGUAUGGAUUUCCUUUGGGUAUGUAUCACUUCUUCAUGCACAUUUAAUCUUGUCAAGAGAAAUGGUGUUCAACAUGGGCAAUGAGAUCAUGUUUUUAUAAGAAUUAUGAGGUAUAAUAAAUCUGUUAACUGAA